UGAGUUUUGGCGUUUAACUGGAUUCUGCGGCUGGUUCUGGGGCUUUAUUUCAUUUACCAUGUGAUUUCAGUCAGUCUCAGUGGAGCUGGAAGCCCUCCGGACAUGGCUGCCUGUGCAGUGGGAGUCUGUGGGCAGUAACAGCCCAGUGCCUUAACAUCCUCCACUUGCCUUGGACCAGAGGAGCCCAGAACACCAUGCUGCUGAAGAUGCCCCAGAAGCUGCUGAAGACGGCCCACUACAUAGAGCUGGGCUCUUACCACCACUGGCCGGUGCUGAUACCCCAGGGCAUCAGACUGUACACCUACGAGCAGAUCCCCCUGUUCCUCAAAGACAACCCCUACAUCACAGACGGCUACAGGGCUCACCUGCCCUCCAAACUCUGCCUGAAGAGUAUUUUUAUUCUGUCUAAUGAGACGGUGAAUAUCUGGAGCCACCUGCUGGGCUUCCUGCUCUUCUUCUCUCUGGCGGUGAAUGAUCUGUCUUCAGUCCUUCCAGCCUCUGGAGCAAACAGAGAGGAUUAUGUCAUCUAUGCCAUUGGAUUGUUUUGCUUCCAGGUGUGCAUGUUGUGUUCAGUGGGUUAUCACCUGUUCUCCUGCCACCGAUCAGAGAGGACGUCUCGACGCUGGCUGUCGUUGGACUACGCAGGAAUAUCGGUGGGCAUCCUGGGCUGUUACGUACCUGGGAUCUUCUACGCUUUCUACUGUAACGCAUUUUGGCGGCAGGUGUACCUGUUGACGGUGCUGUCGCUCAUCCUGGGGGUCUUCUGCGCUCAGGUCCACCCUGUUUACCUCAGCAGCGACUGGCACAGGAUACGCGUGGCCAUUUUCUGUUGUGUCAUCGGCGUCAGCGUGAUCCCAGCGUUCCACUGGGUCUGGCUUACUGGAGGGUUCAUGUCGGAUAUCGUACAGCUGUUCCUGCCUCGUGUAUUAGUUAUGUACCUGAUCGCUGGAUCUGCCUUCCUCUUCUAUGUCACCAAGAUCCCUGAGCGCUAUUUCCCUGGUCAGUUAAACUACCUGGGUGCCAGUCACCAGGUGUGGCACAUCCUGGUGGUGGUCAUGUUCUACUGGUGGCAUCAGACGGCUGUGUACAUCAUGCAGUUCAGACACAGUCAGCCAUGUCCGAGCAGCUGAGCAGAGAAACCACAGCACGUGAGAGCAGAACCGUCUGGAACUGACCUGUUACACCGUACGUCUGAACAACUCUGCCUUUGGCACACGCAGUUAGAAGCUACUGUGGAAUUCUACCUCUGAGGCAGGAGUGUCCAACAAAACCAGCCCCCAAAGGUUCGAAUCCGACCCACGGGGGGAAUUUGCAAAAGAUAUGACCAGUGGAGGGUGUUGAAGUUUAGGCACAUACACACCAAUCUGAUCUGAAGUAGAAUAUUAUUAUUAU